AAUCUUAUCUUUAAUAUAGUAAGAGUCACGUAUGUACACGUACAUAUUCGGUCUUAUCGUUCUAAUUAUUUAGUGCCGGUCCAUCCUGUUUACCGUUAUACGCGAAUAUGUGGGUAUAUUAUACAAUAGCCGUCGUGUUAUUUUCGUUACUAAAUGUCGGUAGUACGGACUACAUUGGGGCGGUAGUGGAAUACCAGCCCUUGGAGGGCCCCACCGUCAACACCACCCUCGAAGAAAAUUUGAAGAAUUACAUUUACCACAUCGAACAAGCAAAGGCUUUGGGUGCCCAAAUAAUCGUUUUUCCCGAAUAUGGAUUAACGACGUUAGUAGAUGAUCCGGAGGAGUAUUCUAUACCGGUUCCCAAUGUGGGCACCACGAAUUUUACCAAUGAGGCAUACGUUUUAUUGAAAUUAUCCAAUGCAGCGUUUGAACACAAUAUUUACAUAGUGGCUAACCUUUUGGAACGGGCUAAUGCUAGCGAUAGUAACACUACGUACUACUAUAAUACUAACGUGGUGUUUUCUAGUAAUGGAACUCUCGUGGCCAGGUAUCGCAAGAUGAACCUGUACAACGAACCGAAACUCACCCCCGGCACCGAAAACGCCAUUUUUAACACGGAUUUCGGCACUUUCGCCGUCUUCACUUGCAUGGACAUCAUGUACUACAACUCAUCCCAAGCAGUCUUGGAAAACACGGGGGUGACCGACGUGGUUUUCCCGACCGCUUGGUUUUCCCAUUUCCCUUUCUACAUGGCCUUAAGUGUACAACAGGGCUACGCAUUGGCCAACAAAGUGAAUCUAUUGGCCGCCAACGUAAAUCUUCCAUCUCGUGCUCUAGGAGGUAGUUCCAUUAUAAGUAGCGACGGUACCAUAUUAAGGCGUAUCCUCACCGAUGUUUCGUCCAAUAAUAUCGCUUAUGCAACCCUCAAGCCUCCAAGUAGUUCUUCCAGAAACUUCGCGUUGAUGGGCUUCGACAUAUUCCGUAACGAGACUCGUCAACCGCUGUCGAAUUUCGCCAAUUUGACCUACUUCGAAUACGACAAGUUCAAUUAUAAACCGGUGAACUUGAGCAGCGAAAAUGUCACCGAGGAAAUUUGCCACGGUGACUUUUGUUGCAACUUUAAUUUGGUGAUUGCCAGGAAUGGGACUAGUAAUACAUCUGAGGUGUACAAAUUGGCCGCCUUCAAGGGUCAAAUGACCUACCUGAACAAAACCGAGCUCCCGAUAAGGAUUUGCACCCUCUUGGGAUGCGUUAAUGACGAAAUAUCGUCGUGCGGGGUGUGGCCUCGGACCGCCUACACCACCCUUUUCCGUCAAAUGACUGUUUGGGGUAACUGGGAAUCGGCGCAGCCCGACCAAUUCAUUAGACCCACAGGGAUUAGGGGCGACUGGGAGCCCCUGUACAACGCCACCUACUUAGAAAACAAAACCAACGAAACUGUGGGGGCUAGUUUCAAUGUUACCCGUCCCACGAACAAUGUGGUGUCUUUCGGGUUGUAUAUCACCGGAAGUGCGUCUGUUGCGCAAGUCAGUUGGUUCGUUGUGGUUUUUAUGAUUUUUGUCUUUGGUGGCUUUUAGGGUUGACACAGUUUUGUAUAUAGACACUUAAACGUCAAUAAAUGCCUUAGUUUUUGUAAUGUU